UCACGGGUGUCCCAGUGCCUCUACUAGUAGAUGUAAGGGAGAUAGUAGUGAGUGGUGGAGAAGUGGUUACAGGGAGGAUGGUUGAAGUAGAGUGUGAUAUUGGGGCUGUGGAGGUUGUUACUGUGCUGACUGAGUUUUGGGCUUGAGUGGUCCCUGUUGUCUUUGUCAAUCGUGGGGCUGUGGGUAUGGUGGUCCCUGUGGUGGUUUUGGUCAGUGGUGGGGUUUGGGAUGUGGUGGUUCCUGUUGUGGUAUUUGUCAAUUGUGGGACUGUGGGUGUGGUGGUCCCUGUGGUGGUCAUUGUCAGUGGUGUGGCUGUAGUGGUUUCUGUUGUGGUCUUUGUCAGUGGUGGGACUGUGGGUGUGGUGGUCUUUGUCAGUGGUGUGGCUGUGGUGGUUUCUGUCAGUGGUGUGGCUGUGAUGAUCCUUGUGGUGGUCUUUGUCAUUAGUGUGGCUGUGGUAGUUUCUGUUGUGGUCUUUGUCAGUGUUGUGGCUGUGGGUGUGGUGGUCUUUGUCAGUGGUGUGGCUGUGGGUGUGGUGGUCUCUGUUGUGGUCUUUGUCAGUGGUAUGACUGAGGUCACCCCUGUGGUGGUCUUUGUCAGUGGUGUGGCUGUAGUGGUUUCUGUUGUGGCCUUUGUCAGUGGUGUGACUGUGAUGGUUUCCGUUGAGGUCUUUUUCAGUGGUGUGGCUGUGAGUGUGGUGGUCUCUGUUGUGGUCUUUGUCAGUGGUAUGGCUGUGGCUGUGGUGGUCUCUGUAGUGAUCUCUGUGGUGAUCUUUGUCAGUGGAGAGGCUGUGGGUGUGGUGGUUUCUGUGGUGGUCUUUGUCAGUGGUGUGGCUUUGAGUGUAGUGGUUUCUGUUGUGGUCUUUGUCCGUGAUGUGGCUGUGGGUGUGGUGGUCCCUGUGGUAGUCUUUGUCAGUGGUGUGACUGUGGUGGUUUCUGUGGUGGUCUUUGUCAGUGAUGUGGCUGUGGUGGUUUCUGUGGUAGUCUUUGUCAGUGGUGUGGUGGUCUCUGUUGUGGUCUCUGUCAGUGGUGUGACAGUGGGUGUGGUAGUCUUUGUCAGUGGUAUGGGUGUGGUGGUCUUUGUCAGUGUUGUGGGUGUGGUGGUCUUUGUCAGUGUUGUGGGUGUGGUGGUCUUUGUCAGUGUUGUGGGUGUGGUGGUUUCUGUGGUGGUUUUUGUCAGUGGUGUGGGUGUGGUGGUCUCUGUUGUGGUCUCUGUCAGUGGUGUGACAGUGGGUGUGGUAGUCUUUGUCAGUGGUGUGGGUGUGGUGGUCUCUGUUGUGGUCUUUGUCAGUGGUGUGACUGUGGUUGUGGUCUCUGUCAGUGGUGUGACUGUGGGUGUGGUAGUCUUUGUCAGUGUUGUGGGUGUGGUGGUUUCUGUGGUGGUCUUUGUCAGUGGUGUGGGUAUGGUGGUCUCUGUUGUGGUCUUUGUCAGUGGUGUGACUGUGGGUGUGAUAGUUUCUCUGGUUGUCUCUGUCAGUGGUGUGGCUGUGGAUGUGGUGGUCUCUGUUGUGGUCUUUGUCAGUGGCGUGACUGUGGUGGUGGUGGUGUCUGUCAGUGGUGUGACUAUGGGUGUGGUGGUCUCUGUCAGUGGUGUGACUGUGGGUGUGGUAGUCUUUGUCAGUGGUGUGGGUGUGGAUGUGGUGGUCUCUGUCAGUGGUGUGGGUGUGGUUAUCUCUGUUGUGGUCUCUGUCAGUGGUGUGGGUGUGGUGAUCUCUGUUGUGGUCUCUGUCAGUGGCGUGGGUGUGGUGAUCUCUGUUGUGGUCUUUGUCAGUGGCGUGACUGUGGUGGUGGUGUCUGUCAGUGGUGUGACUGUGGGUGUGGUGGUUUCUGUGGUGGUUUUUGUCAGUGGUGUGGGUGUGGUGGUCUCUAUUGUGGUCUCUGUCAGUGGUGUGACAGUGGGUGUGGUAGUCUUUGUCAGUGGUGUGGGUGUGGUGGUCUCUGUUGUAGUCUUUGUCGGUGGUGUGACUGCGGUUGUGGUCUCUGUCAGUGGUGUGACUGUGGGUGUGGUAGUCUUUGUCAGUGUUGUGGGUGUGGUGGUUUCUGUGGUGGUCUUUGUCAGUGGUGUGGGUGUGGUGGUCUCUGUUGUGGUCUUUGUCAGUGGUGUGACUGUGGGUAUGGUAGUUUCUCUGGUUGUCUCUGUCAGUGGUGUGGCACUGGUUGUGGUGGUAUCUGUUGUGGUCUCUGUCAGUGGUGUGACUGUGGGUGUGGUGGUCUCUGUCAGUGGUGUGACUGUGGGUGUGGUGGUCUCUGUCAGUGGUGUGACUGUGGGUGUGGUAGUCUUUGUCAGUGGUGUGGCUGUGGAUGUGGUGGCCUCUGUUCUGGUCUUUGUCAGUGGCGUGACUGUGGUGGUGGUGGUGUCUGUCAGUGGUGUGACUAUGGGUGUGGUGGUCUCUGUCAGUGGUGUGGGUGUGGUUAUCUCUGUUGUGGUCUCUGUCAGUGGUGUGGGUGUGGUGAUCUCUGUUGUGGUCUUUGUCAGUGGUGUGACUGUGGGUGUGGUGGUCUCUGUCAGUGGUGUGACUGUGGGUGUGGUAGUCUUUGUCAGUGGAGUGGGUGUGGUGGUCUUUGUCAGUGUUGUGGGUGUGGUGGUUUCUGUGGUGGUUUUUGUCAGUGGUGUGGGUGUGGUUGUAGUUGUCUCUGUCAAUGGUGUGACUGUGGGUGUGGUGGUCUUUGUCAGUAGUGUAGGUGUGGUGGUCUCUGUUGUGGUCUCUAUCAGUGAUGUGGCUGUGGUUGUGGUGGUCUCUGUCAGUGGUGUGACUGUGGGUGUGGUGGUCUCUGUCAGUGGUGUGACUGUGGGUGUGGUGGUCUCUGUCAGUGGUGUGACUGUGGGUGUGGUAGUCUUUGUCAGUGGUGUGGCUGUGGAUGUGGUGGCCUCUGUUGUGGUCUUUGUCAGUGGCGUGACUGUGGUGGUGGUGGUGUCUGUCAGUGGUGUGACUAUGGGUGUGGUGGUCUCUGUCAGUGGUGUGGGUGUGGUUAUCUCUGUUGUGGUCUCUGUCAGUGGUGUGGGUGUGGUGAUCUCUGUUGUGGUCUUUGUCAGUGGCGUGACUGUGGUGGUGGUGUCUGUCAGUGGUGUGACUGUGGGUGUGGUGGUCUCUGUUGUGGUCUUUGUCAGUGGUGUGACUAUAGGUGUGGUGGUCUCUGUCAGUGGUGUGACUGUGGGUGUGGUAGUCUUUGUCAGUGGUGUGGGUGUGGUGGUCUUUGUCAGUGUUGUGGGUGUGGUGGUUUCUGUGGUGGUUUUUGUCAGUGGUGUGGGUGUGGUGGUCUCUGUUGUGGUCUCUGUCAGUGGUGUGGCUGUGGUUGUAGUUGUCUCUGUCAAUGGUGUGACUGUGGGUGUGGUGGUCUUUGUCAGUAGUGUAGGUGUGGUGGUCUCUGUUGUGGUCUCUGUCAGUGGUGUGGCUGUGGUUGUGGUGGUCUCUGUCAGUGGUGUGACUGUGGGUGUGGUGGUCUCUGUCAGUGGUGUGACUAUGGGUGUGGUAGUCUUUGUCAGUGGUGUGGCUGUGGAUGUGGUGGUCUCUGUUGUGGUCUUUGUCAGUGGCGUGACUGUGGUGGUGGUGGUGUCUGUCAAUGGUGUGACUAUGGGUGUGGUGGUCUCUGUCAGUGGUGUGGGUGUGGUUAUCUCUGUUGUGGUCUCUGUCAGUGGUGUGGGUGUGGUGAUCUCUGUUGUGGUCUUUGUCAGUGGCGUGACUGUGGUGGUGGUGUCUGUCAGUGGUGUGACUGUGGGUGUGGUGGUCUCUGUUGUGGUCUUUGUCAGUGGUGUGACUAUAGGUGUGGUGGUCUCUGUCAGUGGUGUGGGUGUGGUGGUCUUUGUCAGUGUUGUGGGUGUGGUGGUUUCUGUGGUGGUUUUUGUCAGUGUCUUUGUCAGUGGUGUGGGUGUGGUGGUCUUUGUCAGUGUUGUGGGUGUGGUGGUUUCUGUGGUGGUUUUUGUCAGUGGUGUGGGUGUGGUGGUCUCUGUUGUGGUCUCUGUCAGUGGUGUGGCUGUGGUUGUGGUGGUCUCUGUCAGUGGUGUGACAGUGGGUGUGGUAGUCUUUGUCAGUGGUGUGGGUGUGGUGGUCUCUGUUGUGGUCUUUGUCAGUGGUGUGACUGUGGUUGUGGUCUCUGUCAGUGGUGUGACUGUGGGUGUGGUAGUCUUUGUCAGUGGUAUGGUUGUGGAUGUGGUAGUCUCUGUCAGUGGUGUGGGUGUGGUUAUCUCUGUUGUGGUCUCGGUCAGUGGUGUGGGUGUGGUGGUCUCUGUUGUGGUCUUUGUCAGUGGUGUGGCUGUGGAUGUGGUGGUGUCUGUCAGUGGUGUGACUGUGGGUGUGGUAGUCUUUGUCAGUGGUGUGGGUGUGGUGGUCUUUGUCAGUGUUGUGGGUGUGGUGGUUUCUGUGGUGGUUUUUGUCAGUGGUGUGGGUGUGGUGGUCUCUGUUGUGGUCUCUGUCAGUGGUGUGGCUGUGGUUGUGGUAGUCUUUGUCAGUGGUGUGGGUGUGGUGGUUUCUAUGGUGGUCUUUGUCAGCGGUGUGGGUGUGGUAGUCUCUGUUGUGGUCUUCGUCAGUGGUGUGACUGUGGUUGUGGUCUCUGUCAGUGGUGUGACAGUGGGUGUGGUAGUCUUUGUCAGUGGUGUGGGUGUGGUGGUCUCUGUUGUGGUCUUUGUCAGUGGUGUGACUGUGGUUGUGGUCUCUGUCAGUGGUGUGACUGUGGGUGUGAUAGUUUCUCUGGUUGUCUCUGUCAGUGGUGUGACUGUGGGUGUGGUGGUAUCUGUUGUGGUCUCUGUCAGUGGUGUGACUGUGGGUGUGGUGGUCUUUGUCAGUGGUGUGACUGUGGGUGUAGUGGUCCCUGUGGUCGUCUCUGUCAGUGGUGUGACUGUGGGUGUAGUGGUCCCUGUGGUGGUCUUUGUCAGUGGUGUGGCUGUGGGUGUGGUGGUCUUUGUCAGUGGUGUGACUGUGGGUGUGGUGGUCCUUGUCUGUGGUAUGACUGUAGGUGUGGUGGUCUCUGUCAAUGGUGUAGCUGUGGGUGUAGUGGUCUUUGUCAGUGGUGUGACUGUGGAUGUAGUGCUCCCCGUGGUGGUCUUUGUCAGUGGUGUGACUAUGGCGGUGGUGGUCCCUGUGGUGGUCUUUGUCAGUGGUGUGACUGUGGGUGUGGUGGUCUUUGUCAGUGGUGUGACUGUGGGUGUAGUGGUCCCUGUGGUCGUCUCUGUCAGUGGUGUGGCUGUGAGUGUGGUGGUCUUUGUCAGUGGUGUGGGUGUGGUGGUCUCUGUUGUGGUCUUUGUCAGUGGUGUGGGCAUGGUGGUCUCUGUUGUGGUCUCUGUCAGUGGUGUGACUGUGGGUGUGGUGGUCUCUGUCUGUGGUAUGACUGUGGGUGUGGUGGUCUCUGUCUGUGGUGUGGCUGUGGGUGUGGUGUUCUCUGUCAGUGGUGUGACUGUGGUGGUGUGA